AUGCGCCCUUUGCUCCGCCCACAAUGGCCCAGACAAUACUCGUUCGGCGCUUGGCUUACCCAAUCCCCUCCCCACCACGUCCCGCGUCGCAUCGCAACCACCUCAACACACCAUGCCGCUCCCGUUGAUAUCCCCAAGCUGAUCAUUACGCCCGGCUCGCCCUAUCACAAUUCCCUGCCCUCCUUUCUCGACCAUGCAAAGCGGACAAACCUGGCGACCGACUCGGCAGUCUAUAUCGGCACGCUCUAUGAGUAUUCGUGUGCGCUGAUUCUCAUGCGCCUGGGCUUUUCGCUGCUACGCACCGGUCGCAAGUCGGACGCUGGCAUUGAUCUCAUCGGCCACUGGGUCCUGGCGCCAUUGAUGGAUCCCUUGCCCGUCAUCAUCCAGUGCAAGUCGCGCAAGGGCCCCGUCGGGCCUCAACAUGUCCGCGAGCUCGAGGGCUCGUUCCACAAGAUCCCGCCUGAUUGGAAGUCCAAAGACGUGCUGGGAUUGCUCGUCACAACCAAAAAGGCCACCAAGGGCGUCUUGGAGGCGUUGGGCCGCAGCAGCUGGCCCUUGGGCUUUGUCCUUGUCUCCGACGAAGGCCUCAUCCAGCAAUUUGUCUGGAAUCGCGCCGCCUCUGAUCGCGGACUCGAAGGUGUGGGCGUUACGGUGAGGUACACGCCGCGCCUUCUCUUGCCCGACGCCGAGCAUGGAGCUGAGCAAAGUGGCUCUCCAGCAUCGAAAAAGGGCAAGAAUGCGGGCACAAGGAGAGACAUCCAGUUGACGUGGAUGGGCUCACCCAUCUUUCCCGAGCGAAAGAUCCUGGACAAAGAGACGCUUGAACUCAUCCGACAUGUUACCUCGGCAAAUGACCAAGAAGCCGCUGAAGUCGAGGUGGAGAAGCCAACUAUGGGCCGCCCAAAAGGUUCCAAGAACCGAAAAGUCCCAGAAGGCACUGAACCAGCCGUCCCCAGGCCGCGGGGCCGACCAAAGGGCGUAGUAAUGACAUAUGCGAAUAAGAUGCCCUCUCCGCGCGGUGGCCUCAUCCCACUGACCCCCAAGGGCCACAGUGGCCGACCCAAAGGCGUAAAAAACAAGCCAAAGCCUGUCAAGAGACGCCCUGGUCGACCUCCAGGAGCCAAAAACAAGCCAAAAGUACCAGUUGAUGUUGUUGAUGAUGAUGAUGAUGAUGCGGAAUGAUCAUGCCAAUCAAGAACUCUUACACAAGAUGGUCCUAGCACAUGACAUCAACACUGGCGACAGGUUUCAGUUCAGUAUAACUGUUCGAAUGCUGCUGGUAACGCACCAAGGAAGAGAGGAGAGGAGAAGACUGGAAAAAGAAAGCUUUAUCAUGUUAUCCGAGUUUUACGGCACUGCAUAGCCUUAUCUAUUUGCUUUUUGUUUUGUUUUUAGAAGCACCCGAAAUCGAUAGUCAACUACAGCAAAAUCAUGAAUGAUCAAAAUGCAUUAAAC